CAGGGAAAAGUAAGCGAAUCACCAAUGUUUGAAGUAAUCAGGCAAACAGUUCGACAAAAUAAAAUAACUGAUCAACGUAUUUGUCGUGCACCGAAUGAACUUCGUUAUUUGGGACAAUCAUAUCGUACUUAUUUAGAUUCAGGUGAAAAAUAUCGUCAAUUACUGGCAAAAUAUUAUGGAAAAUCUGAACGUAGUGUUGAUGAAACAGCUAAAAUGAUGGGUUUUAAAUUACCUGAAAGAUUUAAUCAUUGAUUCAAUCAUUAUGAUCACAUAGUCAUUGUUAAAUAAAAUCAGGAAUUUAGAUCAAAAUUGAAAUUUUUUCCUUGUAAUUAAAAAAAAAUUGAAUAAAAAAAUUUGUAAAUCUCGCAAAAACAAAUGACGACAUAUGAUUUUA